GUUUAAUUUCAGCGGUGGAUGGAGGUGCUUGUCUGAAACUGUCUUAUUUCUUAGACUAGACUUCGAUAUCAUCUCAGAGGUCCAUGGGGCGCCCAUCUUCUCCAUAGCCCCCGAUAGAGCAACACCAUCCCAUUCCCAAUCUAGCUAGGUAGCCACCAGCCAGAGAGAUCGAGCAAGGCAUGCAUGGAGCUCGCGACGGCGGCGCUGGGCAGCCUCCUCCCCAAGCUGGACACCCUCCUCACCGAUGAAUACAAGCUGCAGAAGGGCGUCAGGGGGGAGAUCAAGUUCCUGCAAGCCGAAAUGGAGAGCAUGCAGGUUGCCCUCAAGAAGGUGUCCAAGCUGCCGGCUCAUCAGAUUGACGAUGAUGUCAAGAUCUGGGCGAGGAACCUGAAGGAGCUGUCCUAUGACAUCGAGGACAGCGUUGACAUUUUCAUGGUGCGCAUCGAUGAUGCUCCUGUGGGUGCCAAGCCGCAUAGCUUCAGAAGGUUCUUCGAUAGGACCAUUGGCUUGUUGACAAAGGCCAAAACUCGCCAUCAUAUCGCCAAUGACAUCAAAGACAUCAAGAGCCGAAUCAAUGAUGUUGCCGCUAGGCGAGAAAGGUACAAGUUUGAAGAUAUUGCAGCGCAGCCUGACACGAUGGUCAUCGAUCCUCGCGUGCCAGCUCUCUUUGAAGAAGCAGCGAAGCUUGUUGGCACAGAUGGCCCUGCAGAGAAGAUCUCCAACUUGCUAACCCAAGGGACAGAUGUGCAAAAACAGAAGCUAAUGGUUGUCUCAAUUGUUGGAGUUGGAGGCCUGGGUAAAACGACCAUUGCCAAAUUGGUGUAUGAAAGGCUUAGGGGCCAAUUUGAUUGUCGAGCUUUCGUCUCGGUGUCGCUGAAGCCAAACAUGAAGCAGAUUCUCAGCAGCAUACUGCGGCAAGUUAGCAAAGACAGGUGCACCAAUGCUGGAGAAAAGGAACCGGAGGAACUUAUAUGGAGCAUCAGGGAAUUCCUCAACGAUAAGAGGUAUUUCAUUGUAAUUGAUGACGUAUGGAAUGAAAAAGAGUGGAAAUUGAUCAAAUGUGCUCUGAUUGACAACAAUCUUGGUAGCAAAGUUAUUGUGACAACCCGUAAUGUUGAUGUGGCAAAUUUGUGUUCUGUUAAUGGUGCUAAGUAUGAAUUAGAUCCUCUCUCUGAUGCGGACUCCAAGAGGUUGCUUUGUAAAAGGAUAUUUAAUGAGGUAGAGGGAAUGCAUUCUGAACUGGAGGAGGUAGCAAAGAAAAUUUUGAAGAAGUGUGGUGGGGUACCAUUAGCUAUUAUUACUAUAGCUAGUAUGUUGGCUAGUUUACCAAACCAAGCAAAGUAUGAAUGGUACCGCGUAUACAAUUCCAUGGGUUCUGGACUUGAAAAAGACAAGACUCUGGAGAGCAUGCGCGAGAUAUUAUCUCUUAGUUAUAAUGAUCUACCUUACCAUCUUAAGCCUUGCUUACUGUAUCUGAGCAUGUUUCCUGAGGAUUCUGAGAUCCCAAGAGAUAGGUUGGUACGGAUGUGGGCAGCGGAAGGUUUCAUUAUUGAACAGAAGGGGAGGAAUCUGUAUGACAUUGGAGAGAAAUAUCUCACUGAGCUUGUUAAUAGAAGCAUGAUUCAGCCGGUAGGCAAGGUUGAACAUGGCAGUGCAACAGCUUGCCGUGUGCAUGAUAUGAUACUUGAUCUCAUCAUUUCCCUUUCAGCACAAGAAAAUUUUGUCAUCAUAUCAAAAGGCCCACAGCUCAUAUCUCCAAAGUGCUCGAUUCGACGACUAUCACUGCAAGGUAGCAAUGAAGAAGAUAGCAAGGAAGAGCAAGUCAUACUGCCAGCAAAGGUGAACAUGUCCCAUGUGAGGUCACUCAUUGCAUUUAAUGAUGAUGCCUUCCAAUGGAUUCCACCUCUGUCAAGCUUUUCAGUUCUCCGUGUUUUGGAUUUGAAAUAUAUUCACAGCAAGAGUAUUGAUCCUAAGGAUCUAGGGAGUUUGCACCACUUGAGAUAUUUGGCACUGCAAGGUAGGAAAACAAUGUUUCGCACCUUUGCUUCACGAGGUGAGCUUGAAGCAGAGUUUCUAGAAGAAAUUGGAAACCUACAACUUCUGAAGACAUUGGAUUUGUGGGCCACAAACGUAAAUAAAUUGCCUACAAGUAUUGCUCGGCUAAGACAACUUGAGACUCUGAUUAUUGAUAGAGGGGUAAAAUUGCCAGAUGGGAUUGGGAAUUUAAUAUCCCUGCAAGAGUUGGGAUGGCUUGAUGUGUGUAAAUCACCAAACACUCUGGCUGAGCUAGGAAAUCUUACAGAACUGAGGGUGCUAAGAAUAUUCGGAUUAGGUGAUAUUAAUGAGAGUUAUGUGAAGACUUUUCUCCAGAGCCUAUCGAAUCUACACAACAUUCGCACUCUAUUUCUGGAAGACCGUGGGCAAUGCAUAGAUUUAGAUUGCAUGUCAGAUCAAUGGAGGGGCCCUGCACAUCUACAAAACUUUGAUGCUACCUUGUCUCGGUUGCCACGGUGGUUUUCCACCCUCUCUGAACUCUCCUGCUUAUCCAUCAUGAUGGAUGUACUAAGACAGGAUGAUCUUCAACUGCUUGGAGCUUUGCCUGUGCUACGCUUACUUAAACUACAAGUAGCUCUGGAUUGUAUCACUGAUGAACGGCUGGUGAUUGGAAUUGAUGCGCCCUUCCGCUCUCUAGUAGAGUUUAAGUUUAAGCACAUUUCACGAUGUUGGUUGGUGUUUGGUCAAGGAGUGAUGCCAAGGCUUCAAAGGCUUCGGUUAUACUUCGAGGUACGGAAGAUAGAAGGUGUUGGAUUUGAUAUUGGCUUGGAGAACCUGACUUCCCUUAAACAUGUCACUGUUGAAAUUAACUGUUACGGCGCCCGGAUCAGGGAGGUGGAGGAUGUAGAGACCAAGAUCAGGGAUGUGAUUGAGAUCCAUCCCAACCAUCCAACUCUUGUGCUGUCAAGAGAAAUGACCAAUUCUAUGGUACAGGAUGAGGACAAAGGUGACCGUGAGGAUACUACAGCUUGUACCCUGUGUUGAGGCCAAAAAAAAAAAGGUGACCAUGAGGCUCCGGAGCAGGAAAGUAGCGAGUUGCAGGCUGGCGACGAUGAAGGCGACAAUGGUAGUGAAGCUUGAGAGCAAAGUUAAGCCUGACGGACGAUUGGGAUUGAAUCAUUUACAUAUUGCAAGUAUGGCUUGUUCUACGUGGAAAUGACAAUUAGAUGCACAUAUGCUGUGUUUGUUUGGGCUUGUUCCAACAGCUUGGACGGCUUAUGGUCCCUAGAAGCAAAGUCCAAACAAAGACCUAUUUUUUAACAAGCUCUUGUUACAAGCACUUGUGAAAAAUUGAACUACCGGGAAAAAGCUCCUCAUUGGGUGCUUCCCACAGCACCCCAUGGCUUAUUGGACCUCUAGUUCCCACAUUGCCCUUAAAGUUGAUCAAAUUUACCAGAAAAAUACCAUCCACAAUAUAAAUAAAAAUCCGUUCAGCCCCCCCCCCCCCCCCCCGCCUUUAGCCUCGAACAGAUUAGGCGGUGCGCGAGCGCGAGGUAGUUUCACCGGCGAUCUCCUCCCUCCCCCGGCGACUUUCCCCUCCCCCGGAAACCUCUCCAACUGACGGCGAACUCCUUCCCCGGCGAACCAAACCAGGCCCGAUCUCCUCCUUCCCCGGCGACGAUCUUCUCCCUCCCACGGCGACGCCUCCAACCGGCACAAGGAUUGUCCCAGACAGUCCUUCAGCGCGUAUGAUGGAUCUUCCGACAAUAAGGAAGCUCGCGAUGAAGAACAAAAUUGUUUUUGGUACAGGUUACCAUCGGCGUGCCCCCACUUUGACUGCUAUCAUUGGGUUCGUAAGGGCUGUUUCACAGACUCGUAUGCCUUGGUUGACCAUUGAGCACAGACCUCGUGCACCGAUUGGCUUGUGACAGGCAGAUUGCCCAUAACAUAGACACAUCAGGUGUAGCAGAAAGGAUCCUGAAGUUGUAGUUCUCAAAAUGAAACAAUCCUGAAGUUGUAGUAAUUUUAGAUGCUUGUUAUUCCUAGAGCUAUGGUGUUGUGAUAUCCUAGUUGCUCUAGUCCUGUUUGAUUUGUACAUAAAUGUACAUAGGUGGUCCCUGUUCCACUGGAAUUUAUUGCAGCGAAACAAACGGUGUCUUCAUUUAUCUUAAUAUCCUACUUUCUUCA